AUGGAGCAAGAAGCGAGCGAGGCAAAAGAAUCUACCGCAGUCCUGCAAGAAGAGAAAGACAAGGAGACGAAGAAGUUAAAACAAAAGAAGGAGAAGGAUGACAAGCACAAGACCCGGAAAACCCGGCGGCAUUUUCGCGAGGAAGCGAAGCAAGUCCAAGCUCAAGCCAAGAACGUGCCCGAGGCCAUCGAAGCCAAAGCCGAGGCUGAUAAAGCAGAGCUAGACCGCUCUGAUAGCGCUACGAGCAGUUUAUCCCCGUCAGCGAUCGUCGAGAUGUUUCACCUUCAAGACGACGAGUACUCGUCCUCGUUCUCAGCGACGACGGCGCGACAUCUCGUGGAGAACGAGACUACCGGCGACUUUUACCAGGUGAAGACAAGGCAGCGCAAGCAGCAUCCCCCCUCGUUGUCGGAGCAUGGUAGUGGAAGGCACCGGCGAUCUUCGCUGGCCAAGGCGCAGCAGAAAAUGCGCGAUGGCUCCACCAAAUCUCAAGGUUGGGCGAUUCUACUGCGUGACGGUGAGAAGACAGCGGUGGUCAUGGUGCUGGGAAUCGUGGCCGGAAUGUGCUGGAUGGACGCACUGAAUCUGCGCUCUGGGAGUAUAUCGUCGUCGACUAACGGGACAGACCGCUUCCUGUGCGCCUACAGUGCCGGCGCCAACCGCUCGCGGCAAAAUCUCUUCCUUCUGUUCAAAUAUCCUUCUCCACACACUGCAGCUUGGGAGUCGGCAUUGGAAUAUCGUUGUCAGUGUUAA